CGGCUGUUUCCCCUGGACCCUCGACACUGACUUUUGCGCAGCCUCUUCCUGGGGAGAGUCUUUCUUUCACUCGCGAGCCGAAACACAGAUACUUACUUUGCUUUUUCUUUCUUGUUUUCAGAUAAAUUGCGAAAAAUGGGCGGACAGAGCAGAGAAGGCGGCAAGGCCAAGCCCCUCAAGGCGCCCAAGAAGGCGGCCAAGGAGCUGGACGAGGAGGACAAGGCCUUCCUCGAGAAGAAGCGUGCUGAGGAGAAGGCCAGGAAGGAGCUCGCGGCCAAGGCUAGCGGCAAGGGCCCUCUGAGCACUGGCGCGCAGGGUAUCAAGAAGUCGGGCAAGAAAUAGACGUAGCCAGCAUCGGGAAGCGAGGCGUUUCGUUGCGGUUUUCCCUCUUGGGUCAGGGCUGGUGGGCUGCCGGGGGCGCAUGGAGCGAGCGCAGCAUGCCAUCUUUACUAGGUACACGACCGAUCUCACGAGAAUAUGAAUGGCGCUUUGGAGCACUAUUUGCUACUUGCACCUGCUCAUGCCACUGCGGAUGCCCGCGGAUGGUGCAUGUGCACUGGAGAAGACUCGGAGGGGGGGACCUUACAUAGGUUCACAGCGUUUGCAGGCCAGAUCAUCCGAGACACAUCCAAACGGUCCCUAUGUUCGAAGACCACAGGCUGAACAGCUAGGUCAGAGCCAAAGUCCAGUAGCCCGACUUCCCCGAGCCUUAAUGACACAGCAGGCAACGUAACGAGCAGCCGUUCCAACGACCGUUCCACUCCACGUU